CCUCGUACGUGUGUUUGCGUUAUCCGCCGUGCCGUCGCAACGUUCGUCCAGUAGCGAUGGGCGAGCCAGCGGCGACGUCACAAGGGGAGGAGCGGAGCCUGACGCAGGACUUGAAGAUGGCGGAUCAGGAGAAGCUGGCACCCGGGUGGGAGAAGCGGAUGAGCCGCAGCUCCGGACGUGUUUACUAUUUCAACCACAUGACUAAUGCCAGCCAGUGGGAGCGACCUUCUGCAGGAGGGAAGAAUGGGCAAGGUGAACCAACCAAAGUGCGAUGUUCUCACUUGUUGGUAAAGCAUAACCAGUCCAGACGUCCUUCAUCAUGGCGGCAAGAGCGAGUCACACGCACCAAAGAUGAGGCCUUAGAACUUAUUAAUGGUUAUAUACAGAAAAUCAAAUCUGGUGAUGAGGAUUUUGAAGCUCUAGCCUCUCAGUUCAGUGAUUGCAGUUCUGCCAAAGCUGGAGGGGAUUUGGGAUCAUUUGCUAGAGGGGCCAUGCAGAAACCAUUUGAAGACGCUACCUUUGCUAUGCGACCAGGAGAAAUGAGCGGCCCAGUGUUCACGGAUUCUGGCAUCCACAUUAUCCUCCGCACUGAGUGAAUCUUCUAUCACGGGGGGGUUCCUUGCCCUUUUUGGCGAAAAAGAACAAUGUGUGGGAAGGAGCAUUAGGGCAGCUGGGAAGGGAUAGAUUAGGGUUUAAAAUACCUGGGGGUUUCUUGUUCAGCGUUGCAGGUAUGAGAGAGUCUAUAUACUGGUGUAACGUGUAGCAUGUUACAUCAGCCGUGUAUUAAUGUUGAGCAUUUUACAGCAAGGCAUCCGCUUGAUGGAAUGGGUUAUCCUGUAAUAAAAGGGGUACAUGUACAUUCCCCAUAUGUGAAAGCUGACUAAGGGCUUGUACUCGCAAACGUUCCUCAUUGCGACCUCCCCCUCCAUUUGAGGGCUUCUGCAUUUAGUAAGCCUAGAUGCAUUGUGGGAAAGCAUCCAUUGUAAGACUUUUGCUCUCUAAGGUGAGCAUGCUUUCCAGCAGUUAUUGGCUCAUCAGCUGGAUUCUUCCAGAUCUUCCUGCUUAACAUUUUUUUUUUUUUUUUUUUGUGACUCUUGGGGUGGGGGGUUUAUCAAGUUGAUCAUGUGCUUGCCCAGUGUAUGCGAUAGCUGCAGCUUGUGAUUGGUCAAUAAUUGCAAUGUUCUUGCAUGCAUGUGAGACAUUUUGGCAAUGAAAAAAUAUUUCUCAGUUUAUAACAAGCACUCAAGUUAGACCUGUUAGGAACUUGUUAAUAAACUGGUUCUACUUUAGCAGGGACCACAGGAGACGCCCAGUACCCCCAGUAAAACUCAUAGCUUUCAGAUGGGGCCAUGAGCAGUGAGGAACCUUCUUGAGUAUAGACCCUAAAAUAGUAGGAAUAUGUUACCAUUUAUCCUGUUGUUUAUACCUCUUCCAAUAGAAAUGGCUUGGCUUCUUAUCCUGAAUGCCAGUUGUGGCUUCUGUUUCUACCAUAAUGUAUUACGUGUCAGUUCCAGGAUCUACUUGAUUUUGGCUAUUAGUGGCUAGUUGCAAGCUUUUGGCAUCAAGCUGCAUUUUUUACCUGUGCAUGUUAAUGGGUUCCAUAGUAGAGCAUUCAUUCCAUCGGCCCCUGUGCACUUCUAGGAAUGAUCCUAUUUAGCCAUCACUGUACAGCUUUGAAUUUCCCCACUGAGCGCUUUUUCAGAUUCCAUUAAGGAGUAGCUGGCACCUCUUCUAAUAUUUAUGAGAUACUGCAUUGGAAUGAAUUGAUCAAUUCCUUUCACACUCGUUACUUCAGCCUGCAAAACAAGAUUUUCCAAUUUAGGCUUUGAUGACAGAUGGGCCUCUGUCUUUUAUAGGCUUCAUUUAAAAAAAAAAUACAGAUUGUCAACAUGUGUUCUGCCAUAGUGUGGGCAAAAGUGAAAUGUAUAAAAACAUUGGCAGUUGGAUUUUAUCAGCCCUAAUUAACAGACUUAUGCUAAAUAUUAAUCGUAUUACUCAUAGCCACCAGUAACAAGUGGGGAAAAAACUGCACUAGAAAUAUCAAGUACCCAAUGUGAAUUUGGUUUCUACAGUCCCAUAAAACAGUGACAACCACAUUUAUGGAAAGUGAUGUAGUCCCAUACUCACUUUAUAUAGUGAAACUUAAAAGGACAAAAACUAACACUAGAGCCUAAAGUCUAAUGGAAAUGAAUCCUGAAUUGUGUCCAUUUGCCCUUUUAAAAACGAAUGACAUCUGCACAUAAGAACUGGUUAAGGAAGAUUAAUAUGUUUUUAGUCCAUGUAAAAGUCCAGAAGAAGAGCCUGGUCCAGGCUUGUAUUCAUCAGAAUAAUCCACUUUAUUGGAUAUAAACAAACUGUAGCAAGCAUAUUGGAAGUGUAAACGUGCUGCUAUAAAAGCUGGGAUCCUUGUGGUGUGUAUCAGCAGCUUGGUGGGAUACAUCAAUAAUGCUGUUGUGGGUGGCCAGACCAUAGGGGCAAAAAGUAUGGACUCCUCCGGGAAUAGAAACACUGAGUCUGGUAUGCUGUGGUCACCUGAAGCUUUGGGGAACACGCCGAAGGCCGCGUCACGAAGUGCUCUCCGUGUCACAGUACACGGAAGCCAGUGAUGUAAAGUGUUCUCUGUCUCCUAGACAAUGAGUUUCAAGGCGUGGCCUCUUUUUCGAGUCCUAGAGAAGUCUAUCCUUUUUGCCCCUUUGGUAUCGCCACCCACAAGGGCAUUUUUUGAUGUAUACUACCAAGCUGCUGAUGGGGUGCCAGCUUUUAUGUGAGCACGUUUUGUACUUCCAACAUUCUUGCUACCAGAUACUCCUCGUUUAACGGCUUACCUGUUUAACAACCGCUCAGACUUAUGACCAGAUCUCCCGACCUGAGUGAUGCACUGUACAUCAUUGUAUUGUACAGUACAUAAUUUUUGUUUUUUUUAUAUUUUUGUGUUCUGUCCUUGUGUAAAAUAAACAACAUUAUUGAGCUGGAGUUUUUGUGUUUUUAGACCUUCUUCAGAAUACAGUACAGUAGUUAGGAAUGCUUAAAAUAUUGAUCACUUGUGGCUCCUCGUUUUAACGACCAAUUCACUUAACAACCUAGUCGCUGGAACGGAACCUGGUUGUUGGGUGAGGAGAGCCUGUAUUCAAUAAAUUGGAUGAUAAUUAUAUAAAAUUGGUCCAGGCUCUUCUGGACUUUUAGAUGUACUAAAAAAUAUUUCUCUUCUUUAACUAUUUUCGCUAUGUGUGGAUGUCACAUUAGUUCCUAGAGUGACUAUACCAACAAACAAUGGAUACCAUCCCCCAAAUAGUGCAGUCACUGAAAAAAAAGAAGCUUUAACCUUCCAAUAAAGGAAAUUUGAGUCGGGAGGGACAUUGGACACCAUUCAGGAUCCAGUUAUUCCCAUAAGACUCUGCGUUCUAGUGUUUUUGUCCUAACAGCAGGACCCUCAUCUGAAUCCAUUUCUAUGAAGGGCAAGGGCCAUCCAUCUCAAACAGAAACCAUUGGGGCAGUGUGUGUUGGUGAUUACAAUUGAGCUGAAUAUACUCUCCAUUGUUGUCUUUUGGUAGAAUAUUGGUUGUAGAUAUGUCUGUUUUGCAGAGAAUCACAUAAUUCAGAAACUCCUUUAUUACACAAUUCUCCACAGACUGGUCAAAUAUAUUGCUGUGUAUUUAAAUUAAUCCCAAAAAAUGCAGAUUUAUUUGAUUUUUCCAGUUGGUUUGCGCAUGUUGUCAUAGGUUUCAUUUCCAUGCAAUCCUAAUAAAAAAACUUUUGCCCAAAACGAAUAAAGUAAGCACAUACUUGCAUAGUAUAUUGUCUACUUCCAGGCUCCUACAUGCCUCGUCAGAUUGUUGUGUCUCAACCUUUUUUCGAUCAAGGUCACUUUUCUGCACAAUCUUGAGGCAACCCAUGCUAAAAUAUGAAAAACUAAACUAAUAUGCAGCGGCAUCGACACACGUAGGACACCCAACAUUGGAGGUCAUUUGUUUUUACAAAGCAAAUAUAUUUUUGUGCAGGUGCUGACUAGUAUUCCAGCGUUUCUCUUCUCCCUCGGUUUCUCUGCCACGUUCAGCUGAUGUGAUCUCAUUGCUGAUGGAGAGUGGAAAACAAGGACAUCCCCAUGCUCCCCCAUUCGCCUCCUUAUCAACCUAUGACAUCCUUGGUUGUUUGAAUGCCGGCAGCUAGACCGCAUGGUGGCCAAGGUUAUAAUGCUGCACAUUGAACACCUGUGGCUUAAGCCACCUGCCAGCCUGUCGACAAUUUUUGGGCAUUUUGCCACAGCACCCCUGAAGAACCAAGAAGGCAGUCCAGGGUGCCAUGGCGCCCUGUUUGAGAAAUGCUGGUCUGUAUAAAACCUUGGCUUCCUUGAAUAAUACCAUUCCUAUGCAAUUGUUGACUUAGCAAUUUGCAAGAUAUGGGAGAAGGUGCAAAGGCUGCAUGCCCUAGUGAUGGGCUGAUGGACACGAAGACAGGUGGAGCUAAGCUCUUGACAGGGGAAUUUAAGAGUUCCUUGGAAAUCUGGGGGCCCAGGGUUAUAUAUAGGAAAAUUGAUGAAACGCAUAGAUACACCAGGAAGUGACCAUUAUACAAUGCAAGUGUGUGUGUAAUAUAAUUUUUUUUAUUAUGGCUGGAUGUUUGCUUUAAGCAGAUUAAUUUCAUAUUAGUUUGUAUGUAUACUCAGCAGAAGUGAAUAUUUUCAAGUUGUCAUUGUAAAGUUCACAGAAAAUGAAGAAGUGAAAACCUUUUGAUCUGAUGUCUGUUACUGCUUUUGUAGUAUACCCCCCCCCCCCUUUUUGAAUUGGUAUCCUAACUGUAAAUGGAGAACACCAUGAUUACUCCAUUAAAACAAGCCUACCACGGCCUCCUAACUUGUA